GCAGUGACAGUGUGUACAUGUGUGUACAUGUGUGUGCAUGUGUGUGCUGUUAAGUUGUGUGUAUUAUAUGUCCUGUGGGACACUGGGUUUGACUUGUAGUUUCUAGUUUCACUUCUUGCAGAAGUUAGAAACAUUUAACAUAAGAAACAUUAGACUCAUUUUAUCACAGUUUCCAGAAACUGUGUUGAUUUGUUAUUCACUCUCUUGAGUUUUAGUAUCUAAUACAAACUUACAUAACUCUCUUUUGCACUCUCUCCUCACUAGAGAAGUGUUCAUACCGUGGAAAAGGCUCGUGUCCAACUCGCUCCUUUCGAGUACAAAACGUACAUGUAGGUCGAACUUGAAUGAAUGAGUAAAGUUUACACACCUGGUUGUAAUUACAGCCUGCAGACCCGUUAGAGCGGCGCUGGCGCAGUCCUGAUGCGCAGUUCUGAUGUGGAGUUCUGAUGUGGAGCCCGCUUUUGGGGGCAGUGCUGUGUCUGUGGAGCACACGCCUUGUUGAGCUCCAGAGUGAAGCCUGUGGGCGGCCACAGACACAUGAUGUGAGGACAGCGGACAGGAGGACAGACACACACUUUGGGAUGAAUAUGAUGCAGUUUGUCAGAUAUUAUCAUGGAUUUAACGGACUCCUCUGACCCGUACAGCCGCCCCGCGCGCAGAACACAGUGGAUAGUCAGCACUUUGGCGCACCACUAUGGACUGGACCGAGGCGUGGAGAACGAGAUCAUUGUUUUGGCCACGGGGCUGGACCAGUACCUGCAGGAGAUUUUUCACCAUUUGGACUAUCAAGGAGCAGGGAAAAUCACAAUAGAAGACUAUCAAAUCUUGUGUGAAGUUUUAGGACUGAGCGAAGACUCUGAGCUCAGACUUUUGGACAGUUUACCCGAGGAGCUCAGCUUUAGACACUUCCACGCCAAACUGUGCGGCUACUUCAGCACAAAGGCAGGCUGCCAGUAUGAGAACGGGCGGCUGCUGGUGGGUAAAGACAGUGAGCACAUUGAGACUCAGAUCCGCCUCAGGAGUCCUCUGAGGCGCAGGGAGAAGCUGCUGUCCGUGGAGAGCAGCGCGUCCUGCUCCUCGGGCUGCAGACCUGGCUCCUGUACGCGCGAGUGCUACGAGGAAAUAGUGGCUCUGGAGGAGGCUGAGGACAGGAUUGCCAAACUGGAGGAUGAGAAUUCCAACCUCAGAGAACUGAUAGAGGACAUGAGAGCCGCCCUCCAGAGCAGUGACGCGCGCUGUCUGGCUCUACAGGUGGGGCUCUGGAAAAGUCACUCCAGCCACAAACACGAGGAAGGUUGUUUUGUGGCCCAACAUAAGCAAACUUUACAAAACAGCAGCGUGAGGAACAACAUGGCCACCCUCAAGAGCAUCGUUCAUGAGAUGGAGAGGCUCCGCGGCGCCAAAGAGCGGCAGGUGGAGGAGGCUCGGCUGUGCGCUCAGAGGCUGGAGCAGGAGCUGUGGAGCUGCAGGGAGACGGUGGCUGCUCUGGAGGACUGUAACCGGGCUCUGAAGAGAGAACAGGGGGCGAUGAGGAAGAAGGUGGAGGAGGCUCGGCAGGCGCUGCUCAGUGCCCUCAGUAAAGUCAAAGAACUGGAGUCUCAAGCCAGUCACGUUCAAGCGCUGAAGGAGCACAUCGCCCAGCUGCACACGGAAAUGCAGUGCUACAGAUCAGAGCUGCCAAAACUGCCGAACGUCGCCAGGACAGAGCUGCAGCAAAAUGAGAGUCGGCCCGGACAGAGGUGCUGCUUGGACCUUCAACACGACCGCUGCUCGCCGACGGGACGCGCUGUGACCACGCCCGAUAAAAUGGAAGAGCAGCUGUAUCGAUCUGUGGAGGGUCAGGCAGCCUCAGAUGAAGAAGACGAUAAAUGGACCGGAGACCAGCAGAAACAGGUGGACGAAGUCAAGAAGAUCCUGACCAGACUGUCCUGCUGUCGGGAAAGGUGUGACGACAAGGCUUUCCGAAGGCUCAUGUCUAACUUUGGGAGUCUCGGGAGCGAGGAGAGCUGCAGCGCUGUGGCCGAGCUCCUCCAGAGAGUCACCAAGUUACACAAACAGCUGGAGGAGAAGGAGAGCCAGACCCAAAUCCACAUGGACCAGUUGCAGGACUCCUUGGUGGAGGCGCUGCAGCAGAAGACGGAGGAGACGGACCUUUUACAGAUGGAGCUGCAGAUGCUGGAGACGGAGAGGGUUCGCCUGUCGCUCGUCGAGGACAAACUCAUGGACAUUCUUCAGCUCCUGCAGCAGCUUCGAGAACUCAACGUGUCCCGGCGCUCUCUGGGGAAAAUCCUGCUCAGCACUUUGGGGUCUUGUAGCGACCCACAACAUGGAAAAGCUCACAUUCUGGAGGUGCUCAACGCUCUCUACCACGAGCUGGCCGCCUGUGAGGUUCUGUCCACAGGGGGGCCGCUCACAAGAACCCAGAGUCAGCAGUCUUUAAACGCCCUCAUCAUUACCUGCUGAUCCACGGCGCCUCCUACUGGGCCAAGGAUGUGUCUGUUUGGAUCAGAUGUUUGUUGGACACUUGUGUAACCCCAAAACACACAAAUAAAAGGUUACUUAUGUAGAUUUGUACAUUUUGUAAACAUAUUUCUAAAGUCCAAGUUACCAUGACGCAAUGAUGAAAUAUAUAACCUACAAUUAGAUUUGUACUGCCUUUAACCUUUGUAUUUCUCACUUUUUAUUCUUUUGUCUUGUGCACAACUUAUAAACAACUUAAUAAAUACAAUGUAAAGCACUAA